AUGAACCUCCUCCCAGCACAGCUACGCUCUGAAAACCGCGUCCCAGUCCUUGACCCAGAAGCUUGCAAAUGCUGUCUCGUCGCUGUCUCUCAACUUGAUGCUGCCAAAUUCAUCAUCCUCGACAUACCCAGAUUCCAUCCCCACUUCGACAUACAUGGCUCCAACGAAUUUGAUACGGAGAGUACCUACAUUGUCGUUACACGCAAUGAGCAUACGGAGGUGGGGAAAAGCUUUGUUGUGCGUUUGCACUUCUAUCGGCUAGGCUGGUGGCGUGCCGGCAUUCUGCGGAUGGUUGGGAAGAGGUAUAGGCAGCUGUGGGUUGGGCCGAUGCCCGCGUGCCCGAGAGGGGUUAGCGAAGUUGCCGAGAGGUGA